GAGCCUGAUCAGUCUGGCGGUGCGCCGUGCCCCGAGCUGUCAGAAGAGAGGGCAUGCAACGAAGACCCGUGCGGUGAGUCAGUCAGACAGACAGACAGACAGGCAGGGGAAUGGAUGUGUCUGUGUGUGUGCAGCGGUCGACUGCAAGGUGGGUGGUUGGGGCAACUUCUCUGAGUGCUCCAAGUCGUGCGGCGGCGGCUCCAGGACCAGAAACAGAACAGUCGAGGUACACAAGAACAAACAAACAGAGUCUGAUGUGCACACCCAGCUGUGUGUUGUCAUACAGGUUGAGCCGUCCGACGAUGGCGAGCAGUGUCCCGACCUCGAAGAGACUGAGGAAUGCAACACACAACCAUGCGGUCCGUUCACCGCACCACACAACCUCAUGCACACACGGCCACAUGGAUGUGUUCGUUUGCCUUUUUGUGUGCCUCCAUUCCUUCAUUCGUUCAGAUCCGUGUGCCGGUCUGUCGUGCGGUCUCAACGAGGAGUGCCGGCGGAGCAGCGACAACACGACCGCCACCUGCAAGUGCACACCGCCGUUCACACGAGCAUCACCUGAAGCAGAAUGCAUGAACAUGCAGCAGCAGCAGCAGCAGCAACCAGCAGUCGGGAUCCCCAGGCCAGUUUCCGCCGAAUCCGACCAGCAGCAGCAGGGACCAGUAGGGAUCCCGUCGAUUCCCUCCGGCUGCAAUGGGAAUUGCCGGUCAAUGAACUGGUUUAACGACACGGUGUGCGACAUGGAGUGCUUCACUGAGGAGUGCAGCUGGGACGGCGAUGACUGCGCCAGCGAGCCCCGGAUGAAUGCCAACCAGCAGACAGAAAACGAAACCAAUAGGCGGGACAUUCCCGAGACGUGUGUUGGGGACUGCCGUGAUUUGGAGUGGGUCAACGAUUCGGUGUGUGACUUGACGUGCUACAACUAUGCAUGCGGAUUCGACGGCGGCGACUGCGACCCUGGUGCGUGUGACAAAAGAACCACUCGGCCGCCGGAUGUGGUGAAUGCGUGUCUAUAUUGUGUGCAGGUGUGGAAUGCACUGAUCUGGCUUCAUAUUGCAAGUGGAACGAGACCUGCCAAUCGCAAGACGACGGGUCAGCUCUCAUAUAUGCACACAUGGAUGGAUGGAUGGAUGGUGUGUGUUGUGUAUUAUCUGUGUGCAGGUUCGGUCGCUGUGAGUCUCUGUGUUCGACGAUCGAAUGCUCAGAAGAUAGAAACGAAGUCUGCGAGGUAAAGGACCAAACCAACCACAUCCAAGGGAUGCGCACAUGGAUGUCCGUGUGUGUCUGUGGUUGGUCCGUCUGUGUGUGCAGGUGCAGCGGAUUCCCGAGGGCGAGCCGGGCGCCGGCAGCGGGGUGGGCAAGUGCGUCUGUGCAGAGAACUACGUCCGCGGAGACAACGACGAGUGCUUCCAAGGUCGGUACCCUCAUCGUCAGCACACUCACAUGGCUAACACAUGGAUGUGUGUAUGGUUUGUCAGUUCGCGACUGUGCGGUUGCCGAGUGGAAGGAUUGGGGUGAGUGCUCCAAGUCGUGCGAAGGAGGCGUCAAGAAGAGAACACGAGAAGUCACGGUAAGCAUACCACACACCACUCACACUCGUACGUGCGUCAUCGAUGCAUUUCGUGUGUGCAUUCAUGUGUGGAUGCAGGCCGAGCCGCAGGGCGGCGGUGAGGAGUGUCCCGAACUCGAAGAGACAGCGCCAUGCAACGAGCAGCCUUGCCGUACGCAUCACAAAGACACGUUGGGCAUCCGUUGCAUAUGUCUUUGUGUCCCCCCUGUUGUGACAUCAGCUGUGGCGUGUGUGGUGGGUGACUGGUCGAUAUGGUCGCCCUGCUCCAAAGACUGCGGCGGAGGCAAACGGAGACGAGUCAGAGAAAUCACCGUAAGGCAAACCCACCCUCACCACGGACGGAGAGACGUAUGUGUGUGUCGUGUGUGUGUCAGACUGAGCCCCAGCACGACGGUGAGGAGUGCCCCCCACUCAGUGAGGAGGAAGACUGCAAUACCGAACCAUGCAGUAAGGAACCUCUCUUCACAAUGAGCUUCACCCACCUGUCUGAAUGCAUGGAUGUCGUUGAUUGCCGCAGAGACGGACUGCACGGUGUCUGACUGGUCUGAGUGGGACAAGUGCUCGGAAGAGUGCGGCGGAGGCACACAAUCCAGGACCAGAACAGUCGUGGUCAGUACUCAUUUAUGGGCAGAGUGAUCGUCAUGAAUUCACGUCUGCGUGUCUCUUGUUGCUGCCCCGCAGGAGCCGGAUCAGUCCGGCGGUGCGCCGUGUCCCGAGCUGUCAGAAGAGAGGGCAUGCAACGAAGACCCGUGUGGUCAGUGAGACAAGCAGCCAUGGAGGAGGGAGAGUGCAUCAUGUGUCUGUGCAGCGGUCGAUUGUGAGGUGGGUAGUUGGGGCAACUUCUCUGAGUGCUCCAAGUCGUGCGGCGGCGGCACCAGGACCAGAAACAGAACAGUCGAGGUACACAAGAACAAACCAACACAGCAUGAUGUGCACACAUAGCUGGGUGUUGUUCUCUGUCUGUCGGGCACAGGUUGAGCCGUCCGACGAUGGCGAUCAGUGUCCCGACCUCGAAGAGACUGAGGAAUGCAACACACAACCAUGCAGUAGGAACCUCUCGGCACAAAUGAGCUUCACCCACCUGUCUGAAUGCAUGGAUGUCGUUGAUUGCCUCAGAGACGGACUGCACGGUGUCUGACUGGUCUGAGUGGGACAAGUGCUCGGAAGAGUGCGGCGGAGGCACACAAUCCAGGACCAGAACAGUCGUGGUCAGUACUCAUUUAUGGGCAGAGUGAUCGUCAUGAAUUCACGUCUGCGUGUCUCUUGUUGCUGCCCCGCAGGAGCCGGAUCAGUCCGGCGGUGCGCCGUGUCCCGAGCUGUCAGAAGAGAGGGCAUGCAACGAAGACCCGUGCGGUGAGUCAGUCAGACAGACAGACAGACAGGCAGGGGAAUGGAUGUGUCUGUGUGUGUGCAGCGGUCGACUGCAAGGUGGGUGGUUGGGGCAACUUCUCUGAGUGCUCCAAGUCGUGCGGCGGCGGCUCCAGGACCAGAAACAGAACAG